GUCAGGGAUGGGUAGCUAAGAAAAAAAAAAUAACCAAACCCGAGGCCCGGCCCGGACCCCGACCGGACCCCGACCGGACCCGGUGGCUACCCGGGCCGGUCCCGGGUCCAGCUAUAUAGAACCGCCGGCCCGACCGGGCCUAGGCCCGACCCGGGCCCGACCCGGCCCGAGUCCAACCAUAAGCCCAGUCCAUGGCUAUGCACACUGCUACGUGAUAUGUCAACCUUUUUGUAAAUGUGAGAAAAAUUCAAUUUCCUUCAAAAUAUACUCAAAUUCUCUCAUAUUAUAUUCCCUUCUUUUUCAUUAGUUUAUCCACUAAAAUUUUCACGCUAGUGUUGAUGAAUAAAAAAAUUAGAGAGAGAGAGAGGUGGUUUGAAAGAGUAUUUACGGAUUCUUGUUCUUCUUGAUGCCAAUGCGCCUCUUAAGCGAAAGGUUACUCUCAAGAGAGGCGGAGAACCUGUUCGUGGGGAUUUGAAAUACGAGCGUUUACCCCACUUUUGUUUCAUAUGUGGUCUCAUGAGCCAUGUUGACCGUGAGUGUGGAUGGCGUUUUGAGUUUGAAAAAAUGGGAAGGGAAAAACUUUUUGGCUCUUGGCUGCGAGUGAUUUCUGGCAGGAGCAGUUUGAAUAAAGGGAGUAAGUGGUUGGUUAAUGGGGAAGGGAAAUUUUUACAUGGGGGUCCUUUCUCGGACAACAACAAAGUCACAUUGUCCCUUGAGGAGGAUAACGAAAUUGAUAUAUCUCUUCAAAUGGAAGGGGUAGCGGGCAAAAAGAGAAAGGUGUCGGGAGACGUGGCAGGCGGCAGGGUUUCAACAGGACAAGACAUGGAGAUCUCUUUUCCAAAAAACGGAGUAGCGACGGGUUCUGGUUCCGAGACCCGUCGAGAGCAAUGAGUUGCCUGAGUUGGAAUUGUCGAGGGCUUGGCAACCCGGCGACAGUUCAGGUCUUGGUGGACGUGGUUCACCUGAAGCGGCCAUCGGUAGUUUUUGUGAUGGAGACUUUUUCUGAUGUUAACAGGGUGAAGGGCGUGAGUCGCAAAAUCGGAAUGGAUCAUUUUUUUGUGGUGGCAAGUGAAGGGCAUAGAGGGGGGCUGGCUUUGCUCUGGAGGGAGGGGGUGAGGGUCCAAAUCGAAGGGUCCUCGAAUCACUAUAUUGACUCCCAAGUUAGUCUGGAGGAUGGAGCGCAUUGUUGGCGUUUCACGGGCUUUUAUGGCUGCCGGAGCGGGCUAGGAGACGAGAAUCUUUGAAUAUUCUGAAAUCUUUGAGUAUGGGAGCUGAUCGACCGUGGUUGGUUAUGGGAGACUUUAAUGAUAUAAUGUUCGCUUCGGACAAGAGAGGCCGGAUUCCUCAUCCUCCUUGGCUUCUUCGGGGAUUCCGGGAAACUGUUUGGGCUAGUGGGCUGCGGAAUUUUAGCUUUCAAGGCUGCCAAUUUACUUGGGAACGUCGGAGAGGUACACCGAACUUGGUGGAGGAGAAACUGGACAAGAUCUUGGUGUCUGAAAGUUGGCUUGAUGUUUUUGGAGCGACGGUGACCGAAUCUCUUGAAGGUGCUCCGAGUGAACACCUGGCUCUCUAUAUUAAACUUCUCCCUACACAAAACUUCUGUCGGAGGAGAAAUUUCAAAUUUGAAAAUGUCUGGCUUAGGGAAGCUGAUUGUCGUGAGAUUGUAGCUCGUAGCUGGGGUCUGGGUCGCAACUCAGACAUUAUGGAACAAGUUUUCUCUUGCAACAAAGCUGUUGGGGAGUGGGGGAUUAAUAAAUCUGGGUCUUAUGGCAGACGGAUUAAUUUCUGCAGGAAAAUAUUGAUUUUUUUGCGCCAGAGGUGGGACACGUGGGGUGUGAACGAAUUUCAGAGAGUAAAACAGGAGUAUCUCGAGCUUCUUGAAAAGGGAAAUAUUUUUUGGAGACAGAGAGCCAAUGAAUUUUGGCUCCAAGGAGGAGAUCUCAAUACUCGCUAUUUCCAUAAUGCGGUGAAACACCGACGACGUAAGAAUAAAAUGGAGGGUCUCAAGCUUGAGGAUGGCCGAUGGGAGACUGACAGAUCAGAAGUGGGCAAUUUAAUCGGAGACUAUUUUAAUACACUUUUCACGGCGAGUGGCGGGCGGGGGGGGGGGGGGGGGGGGGCUAUGUAUUUGGAUGCGUGCAACGCCGUGUAGACGACCCACAUAAUCAUAACCUACUGAGUCCCAUUCGCGGCGAGGAGGUUAAAGUAGCAGCUUUUGACAUGUUUCCUGACAAAUCCCCUGGUCCAGAUGGCUUCAGUCCGGGAUUCUACCAGCAUUUCUGGGAUGUGGUGGGUCCAGAUAUUGUUGAUUUUUGCAGGACGGCGUUCAAGAGAGGUAAGCUUCCAAAUUUUAUUAAUCACACUAAUAUUGUUCUCAUUCCAAAGAAAGAAAAACCUGAAUCUCUUAGUGAUGGGAGGCCGAUUACUUUAUGCAAUGUCAUUUAUAAAAUUUUCUCUAAAGUGAUUGCUAAUCGCAUGAAAAAUAUUCUCCAUUUGUGCAUUUCUGAGCAACAAAGUGCUUUCAUACCGGUCCGAUGUAUUGUUGAUAAUAUUAUGUUGGCUUUUGAGUCCCAACAUUUUUUGAAACGUAAGCAUCAGGGAAAGAUGGGUAUGGUGGGUCUGAAGCUUGAUAUGAGCAAGGCCUAUGAUCCUGUCGAAUGGCCUUUCCUGGAGGGCAUGAUGAGGAGUCUGGGCUUUCAUGAAAAAUGGAUAAGGGUGAUCAUGGAGUGCGUCACUUCCGUCUCUAAUUCCCUCCCUUUUGAUGACGGAGUGAUUGAGCGGGUGACACCAGGGAGGGGUUUACGAUAGGGGGACCCUUUAUCCCCUUAUCUUUUCUUGCUUGUGACAGAAGACCUUAGCGCGUUACUCCAUAAAUUUGAAUCCAUUGGUCGUUUGCAUGAGGUCUCAAUUGCUCGAGGGCCCCCAAUGAUUUCUCAUUUAUUUUUGGAGACGAUAACCUUCUUUUCUUUAGAGCUAAUCAUGAUGAGGCUUCCUUGAUUAAAGAAGUGUUGACGGAUUAUGAAAGUGCAUCAGGCAAGGUAAUUAAUUUUAAUAAAUUGAAGGUAUAUUUUAGCUCUAAUGUUGAGGCGAAUUAUCGGGAGGGUCUGAUUGAUUUACUUGGAGUUGGGUUGGCUGGGGAAGAUGAGAAGUAUUUGGGCUUGCCAGCGUUGGUAGGACGCAAUAAGAAAAAUAUUUUAAGCUAUCUCAGACAGAGAGUGAUCUCUCGAAUAAAUAACUGGAAUAACAAAUUCUUAUCUAAGGCUGGUAGGGAGAUUCUCUUGAAGGUUGUCAUCGAGGCUAUGCCAACUUAUUCUAUGAAUGUUUUCUUUUGCUUGUUGAUCUUUGUCGUGAGAUAGAAAAUGCUAUGAAUAGUUAUUGGUGGAAUGGUAAGGCAGGAAGAGGUACUCACUGGAAAAAUUGGGCGUCACUCUGUGUUCCUAAAAAAAGCGAGUGGAAUGGGAUUUAGAAGACUCCGGGAUUUUAAUCUAGCCAUGUUGUCCAAGCAAGCAUGAAGAAUUUUCACGAAUCCUGACUCUUUCGUUAGUAGGGUCUAUAAAGCUAGAUAUUUUCCGACGAGGGAUUUUCUUAAAGCAAAACCUAGUAGCAAUCUGUCCUUUGUCUGAUGCAGUUUACUUCACACCCAGACUAUUAUUCGGGACAACUAUUAUUGGAGAGUGGGUGAUGGUCUUUCCAUCAAUAUUUGGGAGGAACCGUGGCUUCCAGACAGAGAAAAUCCGAGGAUUAUUUCAGAGAAGUGUGAGGGGUUGCAAGAGGCGGUGGUGGCGAAUUUGUUUGCUGUAAAUCAGAGAGCUUAGGAUACGGAUAUCAUCGGGGAUAUUUUUGAGGCUAGAGACGCAGAUAUCAUUCGGGGCAUACCUUUGAGAAGGAAUCAAAUAAAGGAUUCUUUAUGUUGGCAAUGGGAGGAAAGCGAGAAUUUCUUGGUGCACAGUUGCUACCGGAAAAUUGUGGGCGACCUGGGAGGACUUUCUGAUAUGGAAUGGACCGGUUCGUAGAGUUGAAUGCUUAGAGCUUUGUGGAUUAUGCGGAGCUGGUGCCGAAUCUUUGGAGCAUCUUUUUAUACAUUGUGCUGCUGCCCAGGAUUUAUGGAGAAACAUGCACUGGACUUCUGGGGUGGAUUUGUGUUUCUUGGAUCAAGUUAACAAGGUAUUCAAGACUAAGAAGAUAGAGGAGCUAGAGAGGUUGAUUUGGGGUUGCUGGGCGCUAUGGAACGAGCGCAACCAACGAGUUUGGAUGGGCAAAUCCUCAUCGUUGCAGCAGCAGGCUAACCGGGCUCGUGUGCUGGUGGAUGGCUGGAAGCAGGCGCAGACGCAGGUCUUACGAGGAAGGAGGCAGCAGGUCACGCAGCAGAGCAGGAUUUCUUGGUGCAGACCGCUUCUGGAAACUGAAAGUUGAUGCAGCAAUCAGGGCGGACAACUGCGGUCUAGGCUGGUGCCUCCGAGGUGACGAUGGUCAGUUCAUUGCUGGAGUGUCCAAGGUUUGAUCGGGAAGACUAAUGCCAUUAGGCGCUGAGUUGGUCGGGAUUAGAGAGGCUUUGAGUUGGCUGAAAGAUUUUGGUGGGACUUCAAUCGAGGUAGAAUCCGAUGCUUCAGGAGCGAUCUCUGAAAUUCUAAACGGAUCGUGUUGUUCAUUAUUGGGUCUGCUAAGAGAAGACAUAAGAGAGUUGGCGAAUUCUUUCUCCAAUAUUGCAUUUUGUCAUGUUAAGCGGUCAGCGAAUAAGCCUGCACAUUUGUUAGCUAAAACGGCUUUUUCUUUGUCUGAUUCGCAACUUUUGCUUCAUUUUCCUCCUUUUAUUGUUUCGACUUUAGCCAAC